AUGAUAUCCUCCGAGCCAGAACUAACUAACUAUCAACUAUGCCUCAAUAGUUGGGAUAGUUAGUUAACUAUUUGCGGUGGCGUAGUUAGUUAACUAACUAAGCUUAAGCGUAGCCUUGUGUACCAGUUCAUCGCUGUGUACCUCUGCCACCCUCCUGCCAAGGUUGGUGUCCGUCCUCGAACUCUUCCUGUCACUACGCCUCAGGCUGACAGGUUCCGAGUCUCACACAGGACCUUCCCGGGGCUUCCCCAGCGAUCACGGACGCACCCGCAUCAGUCUCUGCCAGACUGCUCGGACAACUGCCCUCUGUGUACGCUGCUUCUUCAACUUUCCUUGUUGGACGGUUGACUAACUGCUCAUACCCCUGUAUGCAGCCCCCGCCCUACGCCUGCCAAGCGUAGCCGUGCCUCUUGCCAUUGAGUACCGCGUCUCGCUCCUAGAGCUAAGGUACAUCGCCAUUCCUCUCCCGGGCUCUGCCCCAGGGGUACUCCUACUCACAGCUGUCCUUGUUGGGCAUGCUGACUUACUUGGCUACCUCCCUACGCGGACAAUCCUCUUCACCCAACGUGCCAGCGUUCCGGGUUGA